UUUCCCACUUCAUGUCUGAGAAGGGACAGAGCCCGGCAGCCUCUGGGAGCGAUGGAGCCGGGAGCAGAGAUACACCAACACCCCCUGGGAGCGCAGACCCCAGCACAGCAGAAUGCAGCGCCCGCCUGGAGCGUUUCCGAUCCCAGCUGAGCCAACAUCUGUGCCACCCGGCCCAGCCCGGCCCAGCAGGGGGCUCUGGGUGCAAACUCUGCCCCACGGACUGGCGGCUGCGCGGGGACAAGUGCUACUGGGUCUCUGGAGGAAGUAAAACGUGGAGCGAAAGCCGAGCCGACUGCUCAGCGAGGGGCUCCCAGCUGCUGGUGAUCCGGGACCGGGAGGAGCUGGAGUCCCUACAGGACCUGACACGAGACGUGUCUCAGUUCUGGGUCGGACUGUCCGUCCCCUCCCCGGAGAAGGCCUGGACCUGGCUGGACGGCGCCCGGCUGGAUCAGACCCUGUGA